AUGAAUAGAUUAUUUGGAUCCAAGAGCAAUAUUGAAGAAAGAAUAUCAUCAUUGGAUGUCAAAUUGGCCAAAAUAAAUGCAGAACUACAAACAUAUCAACAAAAGUUAAGUCGUAUGAGAGAAGGUCCAGGUAAAAAGACCAUAAAACAACGUGCAUUAAAUUUGUUGAAGCAACGUCGUCAAAUUGAAGCACAAAAACAACAAUUAGAUUCACAAGUUUGGAAUAUGACACAAGCUCAAAUGACUACUGAUAAUUUACAAAAUACAAUGAUUACAGUUGAUGCUAUGAAGACUACAAAUAAACAACUUAAGAAAACAUAUGGUAAAAUUGAUGUUGAUAAAAUCGAAGAUCUUCAGGAUGAGAUGCUGGAUUUAAUAGAGAAGAGUAAUGAGCUUCAAGAUGCCCUUGCUACAAGUUAUGAUGUUCCUGAUGAAAUUAGUGAAGGUGAAUUAGAUGCAGAAUUAGAGGCAUUAGGUGAUGAAAUUGAUUAUGAACAAGAAUUACAAGGUGAGAUUGGUUCAGGAUUACCAAGUUAUUUGAAUAAUGAAAGUGAAGUUCCACAAUUCAUUGACGAGCCAGUUGAAGGUGGAAAAGAGAAAGAGGUUGCAUCAUGA